ACGCACUGUGGUGACACCAAAUACUUAUUUUACAUCUUUAAAAAAAAAUCUCAUAAUAUGACCCCUUUAAGUGUGCGCGAGAGAGCUCCGCUCCGCAUGGAUCAUCCACUCCGCGUUUUGUCAACAGUCUCCUCUGGUGCACUAUCCAGCAUUAUUUGGUCAAAACGAUUUGAGAAGAGAACCUAAACUACAAAAAAUAACUGCGUGGACGUCAGGAGAUGCUAUUACAUCAACGAUUUAAUUAGAAACGAUCCCAUACCGGAGGGUUAAGUAACAGCGUUGAUAAAUGUUGGGUGUGAUGUGGUCAGGACUGAAUGCUGUUGAAGAUGUUGCGUCUGCAGAGUCUCAUAGCUGAACAUCAUACUUACAUAGGCUACUUCUGCUUAUCCAGGGCACAUACACGCACGUUUUCUAAAGCAAGAGAAGAUCGUAGCUUCAACUUGACCUCCUAAAUCAUUUUCAGACUGUUUUUCAUUGAAGACGUUUUUUGAUUGAAAUGGCAGGUGCCCUUACGAUAAAUGACUGCAGUUUCAACACAGUCUUAAGAUGUGACUCUUUAAAGUAGCCUAUAUCGGUAUAUUUCUCUAUGUGGAUUUUAUUAAUAGAUCAUGUGAGUGAACUAAUAUGGAUGAAAUCACACGGACGGACUGACUUAACAGUGUUAAAAAGCGGAAUGCAUUUCAAUAUUCCGAAAUGAUGCGAUUCACCGGAUUCAGGACAUCAAAAUAUGUUAUGGCCUUUGUGAUGAGAAGAUGGAAAAUCCUGCUGGUGCUAAAUGUGUUUACUAUGGUCGGGUUCAUCACUUUUUGGGGCAGGUGCAAUUUGCACGUAACCAAAACUCACCAACCGGCAGCCGAUACGAGAAUGCAGUCGGUCAUCAGGUCUGCUCAGAAGACCGGCAUCUCUAAUGAUGUCCUCUUAAAGAGACUGGGAUCACUGGAAGAUGUAGUGUACAGGCAACUCAAUGGUUUGUCCAGGUCUCUUGGACUUAUUGAGGGUUUUGGAGGUCGAGGUAGAAGAGGAGUAGCAGCAACACUUUUGCCAACAGAAGAAGAGACGGCCAAAACAUUAAAGGAGAAAUAUGGCUACAAUGCAUUUCUAAGUGACAAAAUCUCUCUGGACAGGACUAUACCAGACUUUCGGCCCAGAAAAUGCAGAGACAUCAUUUAUCCUCAUGACUUACCGCAGAUCUCCAUCAUCUUCAUUUUUGUAAAUGAGGCGUUGUCUGUCAUACUGCGUUCGGUCCAUUCUGCGGUCAAUCACACUCCAGUCCAUCUCUUAAAGGAGAUCAUCUUGGUUGAUGACAACAGUGACGACGAACAGCUGAAAGGACCGCUAGAGGAGUACGUCAACAAACGCUACCCGGGUCUUAUCAAAAUAGUGCGCAACCAGAAGAGAGAAGGGCUCAUCCGUGCUCGCCUCGAGGGCUGGAAAGUGGCCACUGGGGAGGUGAUCGGGAUCUUUGAUGCCCAUGUUGAAUUCACGCCUUUAUGGGCUGAACCAGCUCUGUCUAGAAUCAAGGAGGACCGUAAGAGGAUCGUUCUGCCAUCUGUAGAUAACAUUAAGGAUGAUACAUUUGAGCUGGAACACUAUGAGAACUCCGCCCAUGGCUAUAACUGGGAGCUGUGGUGUUUGUAUAUAAGUCCACACAAACAGUGGUGGAAUGAAGGGGACCCAUGUGCACCCAUCAGGACACCCGCAAUGAUAGGCUGUUCGUUCGUGGUAAACCGGGAAUACUUUGAGGAACUGGGGCUGCUGGACGAAGGCAUGGAUGUGUAUGGAGGUGAAAAUGUAGAGCUGGGAAUCAGGGUUAGUGUGCCACCUGCCGCAACUAAAGUAGAGCGCUCAUAUCUGAGCAUCCAGAAACUCAUCCUUACUUUAAAAUAUGACUUCACAAAAGUAUUAUUUAUAUCAAGACUGAAAUUUUUUAAAUCCCAGGUCUGGACGUGUGGGGGCAGCAUGGAGGUUUUGCCCUGUUCCAGAGUGGCCCACAUGACAAGAUCAAAAAAGCCUUACGACAGUAAGAUCUUUUUCCAUGCCAGACGAAACGCCCUUCGUGUUGCCGAGGUCUGGAUGGACCAACAUAAAUCUAGUGUCUAUAUGGCAUGGAAUCUCCCAAUGAAGAAUCAUGGGAUUCAUUACGGAGACAUUUCCCAGAGAGUAGCGCUCAGAGAAAGACUUCAGUGUAAAAGCUUUGACUGGUACCUCAACAAUAUCUAUCCACAGAUGAAAAUAUACAACGAUACUCUGUUUUAUGGAGAAUUACGCAAUGCCAAUAUGACCCAUCUGUGUGUGGACCAGGGCACAAAAGAAAACAAUUCAGCAAUAUUAUACCCCUGCCACGGCUGGAUGCCUCAGCUGAGCCGCUACACUAAGGAGGGAUAUCUUUACCUGGGUGCUCUGGGAAGCAGUAUUGAAGAGACUCGCUGUAUGGUGGAUGAUACAACUAACAGCCACCCUCAGCUCCUCAACUGCGAAACGGUCUCCAGCGUAAGCCAGAAAACUUGGAACUUUGUACAGAAUGGGUCAUUAGUCAACCGAGCCACAGGACGGUGUCUCGAGGUAGUGCCAGUUAACUUUCGGUUAACGUUCUACUUUGGCUAUGACUUGGUCCUGCGCUCCUGCACUGGCCAGAAGUGGAACAUCAAGAAUACAGUAGAUCUCGAAUAGGGCGAGUGAGCCAACGGCCCUCUGUAAGACUUUAACAUGCUGAAAAUUUGGACUUUCGGCAUUCAUCAAGAGUUUAGGAACUUGAAAUAGGAUCCAGUUUGGACUCCCACAUGUCAAACUUUAGCCAAAGGGGUGCUGAUUGUGUUGGUAGUUGGUCUCAGGAGUUUUUUAUUACUACUCCAUAUUACAUUAUGGCUUAUGCCGUAGUCACACUCGACUACUGUGUAUGGGCAGCAACCAGACAUGAUAUCAUCCGCCAAAGUCUUGUUUUUAUAAUUCACACAUUGUGGAUUCUGACAUGCUUGCAUUGUUAUUGUUGCUUUAUUGUUAUCGUACAAAAAAGGAUUAUUCAAUACUGUUAUUUUCAGUUUAUCCUCCACUUUGACAUAUCGAUAUCUAUUGGUCACACGUUCACGUGAAUUAGCAACUUUGAAACGCGCCAAAGUGCAAUAUUUUUACAUAAGCCUGUGUUUACGGUCUGCCACAUUUGCAUGCAUGCGUAUGAAUGGAAGUCAGUAGAUUGAAAAGUCAAGUGUGUAAACGGCAUUAGUCAACUGUUUUUUAUUGAGGAACCAUGACUGCUGAAAUCAAAAUAACAAUUCAACUUUAUAGAUUAUCAAUACUGUAUUGCAAUCAGUUACCAUGCACUAUACCAUGGGUCUCCAUUUCCAUCGUCCUGGAGGGUACCUGUCUUGCAUAUUUUAGUUCCAACAAUACUCCAUCACACCUGCCUCUUAUUUUUCGAUAGCCCUGAACAACUUGAUUAGCAGGUUCAGGUGCGUUUGAUUGGGGUUGGAACUGUGGAACAGUGUUGGAGACCAAUGCACUGCCAGGGGUAGGCAACGUCGGUCCUGGAGUGCCGGUGUCCUGCAGAGUUUAGCUCCAGCUCUAAUAAAGCACACCUGAACAACUAAUCAAGGUUCACCUGAAGAGUCACCUUCAAAGUACAGGUAGGCGAGGUUUUAUCAGGGUUGAAGCUAAGAUCUGCAGGAUGUCGGCACUUCAGGACUGACAUUGCCUACCCCUGCACUAUACUGUACAUCAGUGGUUCUCAAAACUUACGCCGUAUGAUCCCCCACCCCUGUAGCACCCCUAGUGUAGAGAUCAAAACUAUCACGAUACUUAGCUGUAUCGAUAUUUUUGCACAGCCCUAAUGUUAAGUCAAUGCAAUGACGGGAUUAGACACCCUGCGUUCCACGCGAAUUGAGCGUUGCCGCGGGAAACGUGCGAGUUGAAAAACUGAACUUCGGCGGAUUUCCGCGCCGCGUUAACCAAUCAGGACCUUGCUGUAGUAGUGACGUGAUUACAGGAAGCGAGCGGAGUCUCAGCAGUGUCGCAGAAGCCCCUUCCAUGAUGUGAAUGAAGCGAGUAAACUCAAAUGUUCAAGCGUCUAACUACGCGCAAAUAGCGUGUUUUUGCCGCCUCUACCGCGGCUGGAGUAAACGCAGCAUGAAGAAAAUUCAUGACAUAAAACAAUCUGAAACUUUGAAUUAAAAAAACUAUUUAGUGCUAAUGGCUAGUAGCCUUAUUUUUCUGAGAUUUAUUUACACAGAAUUUAUGAUAAAUUAAUGUAUUUUAUAAAUUGUCAUACAACUAGGGCCCCCCAUGGCACCAUCUCCCCCCAGUUUGAGAAGCACUGCUGUACAUCAAUGUAUGCAUAAUUUGAGUCUAUUUUUAAAUUUAGUAAAUAUACAAAUUUUGUUACUAUCAUGGGACAAACAUAUCAAAUGCUGGUAUAUUAUUUUUUUGUGCAUUAUUACGUUUUAUUUAUUCUAUUCUAUUUUUUAAAUUCUUAUUUUAUUUUAUAAAGGUGCACUUAGUUGUCAGGCUAAAGCGAAUGUAGCUUCAUGCAAAAGUUUUCAGUUAUUUUCAAAAUAAAGCUUUUUUUACCUUACUGUAUGUGACAUUACUCUGCAUAUGAUUUAAACAUAUGGUUCAUAAUAAUAGAGAGAUUACUAAGUGCACAUUUAAAUAAGCUGGUUAUUUAUUGCAUACUUUCUUUUUGCAUUAUGUGCACAGAUAACAUUAUGAUACGUGUGCAGGAAACAAUGUAACAGUAACUAUGGUAACCAUAUUGAGCUGCUAUUAAAUGGUCAUAUUGUUGAAAUGAACCUCAUUCUGAAGCAACACAUGGCCAGUCUGUAGGUGAAGGGAAUAUGUGAUAAUGACGGACAGGGAUUUGUUACAUAAGAACACUCUUAAUGAGUCAUAAACUGCAGAUGUUACUACAGUUUCUUUAAAUGUACUGUCUUGAUUGAUAUGAAUAAAAUGGUAAAAAAGAG